AUGGCAUCUGCCUUUGAGGGCGUGAUCAAGAGUGUGGUCCGGGAGCUGGACCACAGAGGCGAGCUCAUCCCCGUGGACAGCCUGCGGAGCUCCACCAGCUUCCAGCCCUACUACUUGUUGGGAAGGAGGUGCUCGAGAUCGUGGUUUUGGAAACCCCGCUACAAGAGCAUCAACCUAUCCAUCAGGGACAUUCUGGAGCCUGAUGCCCCAGAACCAGCUGUGAAACAAAGCGCGCCCAUCCACAUCUACGACUCCAUGGACGGGGAGCUGCAAGGCAGCGGGGAGCUGGAAGCCCCAGGACAGGGGAGGCUUGCAGGCGAGGCGGCGGUGUUUGAUAACUUCAGCAUCUCGAUGAAUGUGCGUACACUGCAAGUGGACCCCAACAUCUGGGACGCCAUGAAGCAAGAGAGGCACCUGCGGCAGCCCGAGCACAAGGUCCUACAGCAGCUGCGGAAUUGUGGGAACGACGUGUUCGUGGUGACGGAGGUGCUGCAGACGCAGAAGGAGGUGAAGGUCACCCAGACCCGUAAGCAGGAGGGCUCUGGCCAGUUUGCACUGCUUGGAGCCAUAUCUUUCCAGGGCCAAGGCCAGGGCCGCCGGAGCCGGAAGAAGACAGUCACCAUCCCCUCAGGCAGCAUCCUUGCCUUCCAGGUGGCGCAGCUGCUUAUUGACUCAGACUGGGAUAUCCUCCUCUUCCCGGACAAGAAGCACAAGAAGCAGAGGACCUUCAGACUGCCCAAGGAAGACGGGUUUGUGGAGGACUGGUUGGCAGUCACGGGAGACUUCCGGGGCCUGCAGGCAGAGGUGGGGGCCCAGGCCCAGGUCCUGCAGGGCUUGUCCAAGGAACUGUGUGAGCGGCUGUUGGCAGGCCUGGUGCAGGUGCUUCGGGAAGAGCCAGCCCUGCAGACCCUGGAGGAUGCGCUGGAACGGGGCAUGUGCUGUGGGUCGGUGGCCCCCCUGGAUGGUCCAGUGGAUGCCCUCCUUGAGUGCCUGGUGCAUACCUCCGGAGAGCUGGACGUGCACCUGGCCGGCCCCAUCCUCUACCUGGUGGAAGCACUAGCUGUGCUGAGUGAGAGCCAGCGUGAGCUGCUCGUGGAGAUGCUGGAGACAGGAGGCCUGUCCGGGCAGUUCAAGCUGGUGGGGAGCGUUUUGGAGCAGAGCACCCCCUGGCAGGAGCGCAGGGAUGUGUCCCUGCCGCAAGAGCUCCUGGGGAGCAGCUGGGACCCAGAGGCACCUGCCUGGGUCCUGCUGGAGGAGUGCGGCCUGGGGGUGCAGGUGGACGUUCCCCAGGUGUGUUGGGAGCCCCAGGCCCAGGGCCGCACGUGUGCACUCUAUGCCUGCCUGGCGCUGCUAUUAGGCCUGAGCCAGGACUGCUGUUAG